CAGAUGGCGUCGGCGAUCGGGCACGGAAUUCAUCGAACGUCGCUGAAGCUCGAACGGCUCAAUCAGCUCGCGAAGUCGUCGUCGCUGUACGACGAUAAAUCGAGAGAGAUAGCGGAGACGAGCGCGGUGAUCAAGCUGGACAUUCAAGCGCUGAAUGAAUCCAUAGUUGAACUGCAGGGCGCGGCGGCGAGGACGCGAGAGCGAGGGGAGGCGAAUAAGUCGGCGAGCGAUCACAGCGUCACGGUGGUGGAUACGUUGAAGAAUCGACUGGCGACGGCGACGAAGACGUUUAAGGAGACAUUGACGACGAGACAGGCGAACAUCAAGGCUGGAGAAGAACGAAGGGCGAUGUUUGGCGCGAGCGCGGGACCGAGCGCGUUCGAUGGCGCGAGCGGAUUCGGCAACUUGCAGGGGAACGCGAACGCGUUCGUGCCGCGCCCGAGCGCGCCGGGCGCAGGCGUUUCUGGGGCGCCGAUGAUGCAAACGCAAGGUCAAAUGCAGCUUUACAAUCAAAACACCGCCUACGCCGAUUCGCGGCAGGAGGCUUUGCAAAACGUCGAGCGCACCAUCACCGAGCUCGGCGGCAUUUUCCAGCAGCUCGCCACCAUGGUGAGCGAACAGGGCGAACUCGCCAUUCGCAUCGACGAAAACGUCGACGACACCCUGGCCAACGUCGACAGCGCGCAAACGCAGCUGUUAAAGUAUUUGAACACGGUGAGCAGCAACCGGUGGCUGAUUCUAAAAAUCUUCGCCGUGUUGAUCUCCUUCUUUAGCUUCUUCAUAGUC